AUGGAACGAGCUGUAGCUGCAGUAGUAAGUGGCGUAAUGGGUUGCAAGAAAGCUUCAAUUCAAUUCCAGCUUCCACAAACUACAUUGGAAGGAUACGUGAAAAAGCGUAGGACUGACCCAAAUUCUGUGAUUGAUAAAACCGCUGGCAAAUAUCACUGUGUUUUUACUCAAGACCAAGAGGUAGAACUAGUUGUAUGUUUAAAGGAUUAG